UCACAGUUAGUCGGCGAUACUCUCCACUCAUCGAUCGUCUGCUUAUGUUACCGCUGAUAGUUUUGUCUACUUUAAACUCCCGAUAAAGUCGACACUUCAGUACAUACCCAUAGCCUUGGACUAAAUAUAGCGGGAUAUCUGUGCCUAAAUUCAUAUAACAAACAAAUAUUUUUUAUUAUAACUGUGACUUCGUGAUAAAAAGAAACUUUCUGUUGACAAUUGUCAUCUGUCGCCUGAUGUUUGCUCCGCGAUGAUCGGUACGUUUGUGGAGCGCAGCGAUCCCCAGCAUCUGUCAUCCCCGGGGGUAGGUUACGGGCACCCCGAGGGUAGCGCCAUGGUGCAAAAUCAACAGUACGGCUACUAUAACAGUCAGACCAGUGGAUACGGUGUACCGUACAGCAACGUCGGAAAUCUUAACUCUAGGGAAUUAUUCCUCCGUCGGACGGCGGAGUUUGGACUUUCUGGAAGUGAUGUGUCCAGUAACGUUAGUUCUCGUCCAGGGAUGUUGUUUCCUCCGCCGUCCAGUGGCUUCCACUCACAACAUCAUCAGGAAGUGAGUCCGCAUGUCCUACUACAGGGACUACACGACGUUACGUCAUAUCAUAACCCAAGACAGCACAUGCAUGGUCAACCUGGCUACUACAUGUCGGGACAUAGUCCGGAGUACAUUUCCAGAAAUGACCAAAUGGGACUAAAUCCGGCCACGAGACCGGAACAGUACGGUCACGAGAACCAGCCCUUUAUGAACCCUAUAAAUAUGUUACAGAACGGGACUGGCCCCUUUUUCAGAUACAUGCGCCCCCCUAUAAAACAGGAACGCACGUGCAUGUGGAUUGAUACGGACCAACCGGAGCCUAAGAAGCCGUGUAACAAAGUAUUCUUUACAAUGCAUGAGAUUGUGAAUCACAUCACAAUUGACCAUGUCGGGGGGCCGGAGCAGGCCAACCACACCUGUUUCUGGCAGGAGUGUCCGAGGGAGGGCAAGCCCUUCAAGGCCAAAUACAAACUAGUAAACCAUAUCCGUGUCCACACUGGAGAGAAACCGUUUCCCUGUCCAUUCCCGGGCUGUGGAAAAGUGUUCGCCCGCAGUGAGAACCUCAAGAUUCACAAGAGGAUACAUACGGGAGAGAAACCCUUCAAAUGUGAUUUCGAUGGAUGUGACCGAAGAUUUGCGAACAGUUCCGACCGGAAGAAGCACAGUCACGUGCACACGAGUGAUAAGCCGUACAACUGCCGAGUGAGGGGAUGUGACAAAAGUUAUACUCACCCGAGCUCCUUACGUAAACACAUGAAAAUACACGGGGACAUCUCCCCUGACAUGGAGAAAUCAGACUCGGAGUCUCACUCAGAGAGCAGUGAAUCAGUGUCAAGGACAACACCUUCAAAUGACGUCACGAUGCACUCGCACCAAUCUCCGCCUUCAGCAGAAAGUGUUCCUGAAUCGAAACCCAUUCUGACGUCAUCCGCUGUGACGUCACAUAUGGAUCAGAAUAAUGGAAUUCCUGUACCGGAAGUGCCUAAAUUAAAUGACUGGUUUGUUUGCCACCCACGAACAAUGACUUCUGCCCCUUCUAAAGAACACGCAUCAUUCCCUUCUAUAGCACCUUUGUCAUCAUUUCACCCAAUGCCCAUCAUGCAAUAUUCGUAACAGGAAGCUGCGUAAUGUGUUUUCAUUGUGACCUGUUACAAAGAUCUGAAGAAAACGUGUCGUUCAUUGUUCCAAAGUCGUGAAAGUUAUGGAUAGUCUUCAUUGCGAAGAUUGUAAAGUGUAUUGUAAACAAUAAUUGGAUAUUUCGUAUAUAAAUAUAUUAUAUAGAAAUUCAUAUAUUAUAUAAAAAUUAUUAAAAUAUCAAUG